GAACUAUCACUUCAACUUCUCAAUCAACUUCUCAACCCUCAAUCAUGGAUAAAGGAAAAUCAAAAGCAACAAACGAAUCAAUCCAAUCAGAAACAGAAAAAUCUCAAAAAGAUAACUUACCAUGGGUAGAAAAAUAUAGACCAUCAACAUUAGAAGAAGUAGUUUCACACAAAGACAUAAUCUAUACAAUUCAAAAAUUUAUCACUUCAAAUAGACUACCACAUCUUUUAUUUUAUGGACCACCAGGUACAGGUAAAACUUCAACUAUCUUAGCUAUUGCUCGUCAAUUAUACCAAACUCCUAUGAGUUUUAAAAACAAUGUUUUAGAAUUGAAUGCAAGUGAUGAUAGAGGAAUCGAGGUGGUUCGUGAACAGAUUAAAAACUUUGCUAGUGCAAGAAUGGUCUUUAGUUCUGGUUUCAAAUUAAUCAUACUAGAUGAAGCCGAUCAAAUGACCACAACAGCUCAAUCAGCCCUACGAAGAGUGAUCGAACAAUACACCAAAAACGUUAGGUUUUGUAUAAUUUGUAAUUACGUUAAUCGGAUCAGUCCAGCUAUCCAAUCAAGAUGUACAAAGUUUAGAUUCGGUCCAUUAGAUUUACCAGAAGUAGAUCGUAGGGUUGGACAAGUGAUUGAUUCAGAAAAUUUGGUCGUUACUGAAGAUGGUAGAAAAGCUUUGUUGAACUUGUGUAAAGGUGAUAUGAGAAGAGUUUUAAAUGUAAUGCAAGCAUGUCAUUCAGGUUAUGGAAAAGUAGAUGAAGAUUCAGUUUACGAAUGUACAGGUAGUCCACAUCCUAAACAAAUUGAAGAUAUAGUAAAAAGCAUGAUGAAUGAAGAAUUCCAAACAAGUUUCAAACGAAUCCAAGACAUCAAAGUGAACUUCGGUCUAGCUCUCCAAGACAUAAUUUUAGGUAUUUACGAGUUUCUCAAAACAGUUGAGUUAGGUAACUUGGCUCAAAUUUAUCUUUUAGAUCAACUUUCUCAAAUCGAGUAUAGACUUUCGACGGGUGGUAGUGAGAAAUUACAGUUGUCUGGUUUAUUGGGUUGUUUUAAAAUAGCUGUGGAACUUAGUGCUAAGAAAAAAUAAAAUCAAAGUUGGUUGUCUUUUUGGAAUGAAAAGCUUGGGGGUUGGGUGUUUGAAGGUUUAGAGAUGAUUGGGUUUUUUUUCUUCUUUGGUGUGGGUUUGAAUCAAGAUUUAAUGAAGUUUUGGGAGUUUUUUCUGGAUGGAUCGGAUUUAUUUUAAUGAGUUGAAAAGUUUUAAAAAAAUUGAUCAAACCCUCCCCCAAAAGAAGGGUUUAUUUUAUCUGAUACAUAGUUCCUACUGAUUGUAUAUAUCAUGAUCAUAUAAAAUUUAAGAGAACAUUAU